GCUACCAGCCCUCCAAGGAAGCAAUGCUACUGCAAGGAAGGUUGGUUCGGCGAAGAGGUGAUGCCGUGGGCCCCCGACAGCAUGCUGCCCACAAGGAUCUGCAACAGACAAUCCAACCUCACGCUCGGAACUCCCGCCGAGUGGGAUGAGGAAUAUCCCAACAAGCAGAUAUCUGUGCCUUCAGGAGCCUUCGCCGUGUACUACCAGAUCGUCGAGGAAGCCGCAGAGAUCGAAUUUGCGAUCAAGGUGGCCACCGACAACUGGGUGGCUGUGGGCGUGCGAGCCGACUCCAUUCGGGGCGUUUCUCCUCCCGCGUCUUCGACCGCCGCACCCGUUUCCGAGGGAGAGCCCACAUCUGAGGGAGAGGCCACAUCUGAGGCAGAGCCCACGCCCGAGGGAGAACCCACCUCCGAGGCUGAUGCGGGUGAGGAAAUGGAGGGAUACGAGAAUAGGAAGGAAACAAAGGGAUACGACAUGGACGAUGAGAAGAAAGAGAACGGCAGCGAAUCUGAGUCUGAAGGUGCGGCGGUGGCGUCUGAGGGAACUGCAUCGGAGGAUGCUCCUGUGGCGUCUGAGGGAGCUGCAUCAGAGGAUGCUCCUGUGGCGCCGGAGGGGGCCGCGUCAGAAAACGCUCCCGCGGCGUCAGAGGGUGCUGCACAUGGAGGAUCUGGGAAUUCCGGUGGCGUUUGCACUACCGGAAACGCCAGCACUGCCCUAUGGGAUGAAUUUGUGCUGAUCACGGACAGCGAUGAGGAGGCGAACGACACAAAAGGGCGACGGCUCUUCGCAAUGCCGGUUCUGGAGGGAGAGGCAGAAGAAGUGGUGAUCUCGCGCCGUAUGCUUCCUGGACGCCACCUCGCCGGACCAUUGCAUCAUAUGACUAACGUGAUUCAGAGUGACCAUUCUGAAUACCCGGCUGUAUCCGAGGCAGCUGCCGACUCGGAAAGCGAGGCUGCCUCUGAGGGAGAGCCCUCUACCGGUGGUGCUGGGCCGACACUAACGUACUUCGGGGAGGAUAUUGUGGUGGGGUACGCCAAAGGCAACGCCUUCCGCAUCCAGGAUUCCUUCACGCCCAGCCGCGCCCGCCCUCUGCCGGACGUCUAUUUUGGCGGCGUGGACGACAUCCUGGACGCCGUGGGCAAGGAGGAAGACGGAACGACGUACCUCAAGUACCGUCGAGCUCUUCAGACGGACGACCAGGCUGGCGACUUCUGCAUCGUCGAGGACACGAUCUACCUCAUGAUCUAUGCCUACGGCCAGCCCGAGGACGUCUACACCCACAUUCCCAAUUCCUCCUUGGAAACGGGACGCGCCUCCAACAAAGCUUUCUACGGCCGAGACGAGCUCAAGUUCCACGGGGGCGGCAUUGGCGCUUCUUACGAAGGAAGGGGCGUUUUCGGCCGAGUGGAUUUCUUUGCCGCACCAGCGCCUGCAGGCGAGGGCGGCUGUGCGGCUUCGUCGCUGGAGGGCUACGACUGCAUGCAGGAGGUUAUUCCAGGGCAGUACGUGCUGAACUGGCGGGUGGAGGAGGACGGUGUGGCGCUGGCUGCAGAGGCUACCGCUGUGGGCUGGGUGGCCGUGGCGUGGCCCAGCUCGCCAGGGCAGAUGGUGGGAUCAGAGGCUGUGAUAGGAUGGACGGGCGACGGUGGGGAUUCGGUUGGGAUAUACGACCUGAACGGCAAGAGCGUCGAUGCCGUGAUGGCGACUAAUGGAACGUUCGAAAUCUCCGACAGCUCCGUUGAGGAGGUUGGCGGAAAGACCAUUCUUCGAUUUACCCGCAAGUUCGACAACGCGUUCCUUCUGGAGGGCCCCCAUGACCUCCUGGGCGCAUUCCAUCCUGACAGCGAUGGCUUGGCAUACCAUGGUUCCGGCAGGCAGGGCUUCGCUGUGAGUUUUGCACGCUAG